AUGUCCUCUCCAGGAUCAACUGAUGACUACGGACCGGUACUCAACGGCACGAUCUGGCUGCUCACGGCUCUAGCCGCAUGUUUCCUUAUUCUACGAGCAUAUCUUAAGCUGCGAAGCCGUCGGGCCCUAUGGUGGGAUGACUACGUCCUGAUUAUCAGCUUGAUCACUCUGGUGGCGUCGAGCGCGCUACAGUCCGUGUGUGUCAGCCUGGGAUUCGGUAAGCAUAACGCCGACAUACCAGCAGCCGAGUUCCAGAGCAUCCUCCUCCUCGGCAACGCGGCCGGGUUCGCGUCCAUUCUGGCAGCCAUGUGGAGCAAGACAUCAUUUGCUAUGACGCUGCUAGGUGUAUCGAAGGGCUGGGCAAAGUGCUUUAUCUGGUUCAUCAUCAUUAGCGUACACAUCGUCCUUGGCGCCAACGCUACAAUCCAGUGGAUCCAAUGUUGGCCAAUUGAAAAGUAUUGGGAGCAAACAAUACCGGGCAAAUGUUGGCCUAGGUUGGUUCUUAUUGAGUAUAAUAUCUUUGCAGCUGGGUAUUCGGGCACGAUGGACAUCGUUCUCUCGCUGCUUCCGUGGCGGCUUUUGCGGAAUGUUGCCAUCAACAAGAAGGAAAAAAUCCGCGCAAUCUUCGCCUUGAGUUUGGGUAUCUUUGCCGGCAUCACAUCUUAUCUGAAGAUAAUUACUAUCCCGGCUAUCGGUAGUAACGACAUUAUCGAUGCUGUCGGUUUAUUAAUAUUCGGCACGGCGGAGAGCGCCAUCACCAUCAUGGCCGUAUCGAUACCUGUCGUCAGGACAGUUCUUCUCGAGUGUCAGGAUUCGCGUCGACAGCUUAUCCAGGGUAUAGAAGGCAAGCUUGAUGAUUCAACGGAUAGCUUCUCAGGCGUGGAAGAGGGUAAAAAACCGGAAGCUGCGAUCGAUGCGAGACUCUCCAGAUAG